CGAGGGUUUGCCAACAAGAUAACAUCGCCAUUCGUACUAAAAAUCAAUUACAAUGAAAUAUAAUUUCAUAAUAUUAUUAACAUUUGCUUCAUGGCAAUAUAUCUCCUCGAACGUAAUAACAAUAAGAGGAGUUUCGAAUUUAUGCUACAAUCCUCAUGGACGUCUGGGAAGAUGUUUAACCGUGGCGAAGUGUCUACGAGUGAAAGGCGACGUGAAAGAUAUUUUGAAUUGGCCUUGUUACAAUGGCCGUGGUUUACCACCUUACGUGUGUUGUACUUUUGGAAAUAGCAUUGUUUUUCCAGACGACGAUGACGACGGCGAGGGUGAUGCAAAUGAUUUUGGAAAUAGUGGGAUAAUGCCAUUUGGUUCUUCUAAAUUUUUUCGAGAUUUGGGACAACGAAACGGUGACAAAAUUAAACAGAUCAGCAGUGGUAGUGUUUCGAUUGCAAGUGAAGAUGGCAACACUGAAAAUAGAAAAAAUGAAACGGCACUGUUAAUUAAUGAAAUUACGAGUGAUGUAUUUCCCCAGCCAGGUGUAUGUGGCCCAUUGAUGGUGGACGAUAAAAUUCAUGGCGGUUGGGAAGCACAGUUGGGUGAAUUUCCAUGGCUGGUAAAUUUGGAAUACCGAACUGCUUUCAACUAUCUGGCUAUUGCAUGCGCUGGCAGUAUUUUAAAUCAGAGAUAUGUUGUAACGGCAGGACAUUGUAUUAGUGGAGGAAUUCAGGAAACUGUCGGCAUAUUAGAAUCUUUACGGGCUGGUGAUCACAACGUCCAAACUUUUAAAGAUUGCGAUAAAGAUGGCUAUUGUAUAGAUCCAUAUCAGCGUCUUUUUAUAGAACAGACGUGGGUACACGAGGAUUUCUAUGUGACUAAAAAACGAAAAAUUUUCAAUGACAUUGCCUUGGUGAAAACCACAAAAGACAUUGUGUAUUCGAAUUCGGUAGCACCCAUAUGUUUGCCCUUAGUUAUGCCUGGGUUGGAACCACCGAAAAAUGGUUCCAGACUCACUGUAGCCGGUUGGGGUAGCAGUAGAACGGCAAACUACACCGAUGAGAAACGCAUUGUGGAUUUGAUAUGCUUGGAUGAUGAAAAGUGUAGAAUACGCGAUGAAUUAUCCCGUCUGUGUGUUGGCGGGGAAACGGGCAAGGAUAGUUGUGACGGUGAUUCAGGUGGUUCUUUAGCCCGUCGCACUAAGGACGGCUGGGUUCUUGAGGGAAUUGUGUCAUAUGGUGUGGGAUGUGGCGACGGAAAACCAGCGGUAUAUACAAGGGUUCGAACUUUUAUCAACUGGAUACGUGAUCACUUGUUGGAAGUGUAAUUAUUACAUUUUAUAUUUUUAGUUUUAAAGUAGAAUAGAGAACAGUAGAAUAAAAGAGAUU